AUGACUAAUUCGAACCCCAUUGUUGCAAGGGCAAAAUUUGCUUUCACGGGUAAAAACAAUGAUGAGUUAAAUUUCGUGAAAAAUGAUAUGAUCUACAUAACUCAACAACUUGACGGAGGCUGGUGGGAAGGAACUCUAAAUAAUGUUACCGGAUGGUUCCCUUCUAAUUAUGUUGAAAUAGUCGUUGAAAAAGAUAAAUUGGUUCGCUCGCGUUCAGUACCAAAUGCUGCUCCAAUGGUGAACAACAUGAAAUGCAUCAGCCCCGAUUUCAUGGGUGAACCUCAGAUAACGAAUACUCAUUUUCGUAAAGAAGUUUUGGCUGGAUUUCAAACCUCCGAAACAAUUUACCUGAAACAAGUACAAGAAACGCUAGACAGUAUAAUCAGACCAAUUAAAAAAUCUCAAAUAAUGAAUGAAGAUGAUUUCAAAAUACUCACUUGUAACAUGGAAGACAUUCUAGAACUACAGAAAGAAAUGUUCGCAGAAAUCGAAAGUAAUAUGAAAGUACCUGUCCCUGAUCAGCGUAUAGGAAGGAUUUUCCUAGCGCCGGCUUCAGAAUUGAAGAGUUUGAUGUUAACAUACUGUUGGAAUCAUCCAAAAGCUGUUGAAAUUUUGACGGAAAAAAAAACUGCCCUUACUGAGCUAUUAACUAGUCUGGGGAAGGAAAUGAAGGAUUUGGUUACAGGACUAAGUGAACCGUUCCGACAUUUAGAUAAGUAUCCCAUUGUCUUACAAGAGCUCGAAAGAAGUUUAUCUGAAAGUGAUGCAGAUCGUGGAGAUAUUCAACGUUCCUGUCUCUUCUACAAAGAAAUAAAAGCGUUAUGUGAAGCAGCAAGAAAGCAGAAAGAAACACAAUUAGAGUUUCUCUACACAAGACAAGUGGAACAAUGGGCCUCUUUCGAGGAAAGAGGGAAAAUUUUAUAUAUCGGAGCAGGAACAGUUUCCGAAGGCGAAAAGAAGAACGACAGAUGUUUAGCAUUGUUUUCCAAUUUACUACUUAUUUUGGAAAUUACUAAGGAUCCCAAUAUUUUUAACUUUGUAACGAAAAUAGAAACGGGAGAUCUUUCAGUUAAGAGGGUUGAAGGUGGAAUCUCGUUUAAUGGAAAAGAAAGUUUCCAACUUCUUUUAACACAGUCGUUUGAUAUUUCGAGAUGGAUGGAAGCACUAGAGAAAACUAAUGGAGUCAUAAUAGAAGAGAGUCAAGUUUCUUCGCGCCCUCAAUCACCUAGGAAAUCAACUAGUUUUAUUCAGCCUAUAUCACAACGUCAUUCUCCUGAUGUAAGCAUCUCUUCUAAUCACCGAAGAUCCUUAGACAAAAAGUUAUCAUUUGGAAAAGGAGAUUUGAAGUUCAAUCAUGAGUUAGGAAUGAUCAUUCCUGAAGGCCUUGAAACCACUGAAAUAGUGGAGAAUGAAUAUGAUUUCCCUCCAGAAAUGAGCAUCCUGCCGUUCUCUAUGAACCGUCAAAUGUCGAACCAAAGAGCUUCUUUGAAUGGGGAUUAUUUAGAAGAUGUUGAUGAAUCUGCAGAAGAUGCCUAUCUCCUACAAAUUGUUGAAGGUUUUUCAAAGUUGGAAGUAUUAGCACCCCCUGUCAAAGAAACGAAACCUCAGCUCAUUGUUGCGGAGCAAGAGAAAAUUCUAGUCGAAGAAGUAGAAGGAGGAGAGGUAGUUUGGAAAGAGAAAAGCUUGAUCGAUACCGUUUAUUCAUUGAGAGACCAAGUAUCAGACUUGCGACGAGAUGUAACUAUACUCCAAGAGGCUCUAGUCAAAGAACAACAAGCUAGACGUCGUCUGGAAGAACAUGCUUUAAGACAGAGUACGGAGAUGUUGAACAGUUCUAUUAAGAAUCAUAAUAAUUAUUGA